AUAGUGAUAUGUAAACUCGUCGGCUAACCUUAGCUGUUUAAUAUUGUUCCUAAGGAUAAAGUAUUACUUACGAAAGAAACAGAAGUAAGUGACUGUUACUGCUGAUAUUUUCUUUUUUCCCCAUGAAAACUGCUAACCGGAAUGUUAGCUAGCACAUGCUAAAGUUAGCUAGCACCAUGCUACACUAUCGAGGGACUCAAAGCGAAUCUUACGACACAAGUAGCUUAUCGGUAAAAGUACGUCACGUUGUCGCUAGUACUGGGAUAACACCACUGGUAGUAAAGGAUGUCUUUAUCCCGGAUUCAGAGUCUGAGACUGGCAGCUGUAGUGGAGGACUGUUCAGACCAGUUGGACAUACUGGAACAUACCCUGACAGUCAAGAUCGGCAGGCAGCGAGGCACUGUAGAGGCACAGGAGAAAGCCAGGCUGACCAAGCUUAGGGACGACUGCCAGUAUGUCUCGCAGCAGGUUUCCAAGCUGCAUUUGGAGCUGGAGGAGAAGCAGAGUGUCAGCUCUCUGCAGCAGUUGUUGGAGAGGGAGGAGCAGAAGAAGACGGCUGAGAACAUGAGAAGAGAGGCAAAGAGAGAGCUGGAGCGAAGAAAACAAACUCUAAAGAGACAGCAAGAGGAGAUCCAACAGAAAACUGGAAAACUGAAGGACAUGCAACAGCUGGCCAAAGAGCUGAAGGAUCAGCUCAAUGAGUCAUCAGAAAUCGCCAACAAGAAGUGUGUGGAGAAUAAAAUUGAGCUACAGCUCCAGCAGACACAAAGGGAGACCAGCCGGGUUGAAAAGCUGCUGGAGGAGGAGCUUGAGCUGCUGAAAAAACAGCUGAAGGAGGAGAGGAGAGUUCACGAGGAGUCACAGAAAUUCCUGCAAAAGAAACACGAGGAGUUGCAGCAGCAGCUGCAGCAGUGGCAGCAGCGCACAAAGCAGAUGCUGCAAGAGAAGGAGCAGCAGCUUAACAAUGUGUGCUGCAAAAGAACACUGAUUUUGGACAGACUGAUGGAGAAGAGGAGACAGUUCAUGGAGAUGGAACAGGUGGUGAUGGAGGACAGGGAGGAGCAGGAGAAGCUGCGUCAACAGCAGGCAGAGGCCAGAGCUGCUACCAAGCUGCAGGCCUGGUGGAGGGGCUGCAUGGUCCGCCGGGGCCUCGGCAGUUUUAAAAAAGCAGAGGAAGACAAGAAAGGGAAGAAGAAGAAGGAAGGAAAGAAAAAGAAGAAGAAAUGAGUUUUCUCUGACACUCCA